AAUGUAAAAUGCAAAAAUUGUAAAAGUAUUAAUUGUGUUUAUUUAUAGAAUAAAGAAUAUAGGUUGUGUUUUAGCUGUACUGGCAUCGCCGUCGUCAUGCAAACAUUCAUUUAUAGGAAAGAAUGAGACAAGUCUAACCUGUUUUAUUACAUGAACAAUUGACCUUCUUGUGACAGACAGAGAAGACAAGUCAUACAGGUGAUUUAAAGAGAGAAAAGACAUAAGACAGCUCUCUUUCCCAGUCGUUCACUUCAGCCAUGGAGUUGUCAGUGAUCCUGCUCAGCUUGAUGUUCAGUACGGAGGUGGCUGCAAAUUGUGGAGUAGCUCCUCUAAAUACACGUGUAGUGGGUGGCACUGAUGCGCCUGUGGGUAACUGGCCCUGGCAGGUCAGUGUCCAUUACAACAGCAGACACAUCUGUGGAGGAACCCUGAUCCACAGCCAGUGGGUGAUGACGGCCGCUCACUGCAUCAUCUCGACUAACCUCAACAGCUGGACACUGUACCUGGGAAGACAAACCCAGACCACGCCUGCUGCCAACCCAAAUGAAGUAAGAGUUGGUAUUCAGUCCAUCACCAUCCAUCCAAAGUACAACAACACCCUGUUCAAUAAUGACAUCUCCCUGAUGAAACUGAGCCAGUCUGUGACCUUCACUCCAUACAUUCGUCCAGUCUGCCUGGCAUCCAAAGGGAGCGUCUUUCUCAAUGCCACAUUCUGCUGGGCUACAGGCUGGGGAAACAUUGGCAAAAACCAACCGCUGCCGGCUCCUCAGGCUCUUCAGGAGGUGGAGGUCCCGGUUGUGGGCAGCUCACAGUGCAGCUGCCAGUAUGAGCCAGCAGGUGAUGCUACAAUCACAGCACAGAUGAUCUGUGCAGGGAGGGCAGACAAAGGAAUCUGUCAGGGAGAUUCUGGAGGUCCGCUACAGUGCAAACAGGGUUCUGUGUGGGUCCAGGCUGGAAUCACCAGCUUUGGGACGAGUCUGGGCUGUGCUAAAGAAGGUUUCCCAGAGGUGUAUUCACGUGUCUCUGAGUUCCACGCCUGGGUCACGGAGAACGUGGAAGGAGCCACCAUUGGCUUCGUGACCUUUUUGUCCAAUGGCACAGACAGCAGUUUCACGUGUUCUGCCGUAUAUCAGCUCUCACACUACUCUAAUUUCAUCAUUCUGUUCAUGACGCUCAUCUCACUCUUACAGUCUCUUUAAACUUACUCGCACACACACAUGUGCAAUGGUUUAUGGGUAACAGCAUGAAAUUCUAAAGACGUGGAAAAAGGUCCAAAUGCUAAAAAAGACAUCUGAAAAUGUAAAGCUCAUGAGUGACUCAUUAAAAGGUCCUUGCUACUAGAAACAUAACUACAGCUUUAUGUGGGGAGAAAUUUUAUUGUGAUCAACAUAAACAUUUCAUAAUUGUCACUGUAUUAUAGCGGAUGUUACCAGUGAGCAGUUUUUGCACUUGGAAGUUCUGCUAGUUCAAGUUACGCUGGGAAUAUUGUGCAAUUUGAACGCAAAUGAAUGCCACCACAAAGUCAUAAUUCUGAGUGAAAAACUCUGAACUUACUUUAAUUCCAGAGUUUCUGACCUCUAAGUGACAAAUAUGUAAAGGGACAGAAUAGACGCAGCAUCUGUAAUGACUG